GCAGACUUCCGCCUCUAUUUUAAGAACUCAAAGGGAAAAUGCAUUUCCCCAUUCCAUGACAUCCCUCUGUUUGCUGAAGCAAGUGAGGAUAAGGAGAUUCCCGCAAAGAGAUCAAAGAACAAUGGAAAUGAGGUUGUAUUUAAUAUGAUUGUAGAAGUGCCUCGUUGGACAAAUGCUAAAAUGGAGAUUGCCACCAAGGAGCCACUGAAUCCUAUUAAGCAAGAUGUAAAGGAAGGCAAGCUGCGAUACGUGGCAAACAUUUUUCCCCAUAAAGGCUACAUUUGGAACUAUGGGGCCUUCCCUCAGACUUGGGAAGAUCCCAGGCAUACGGAUGAUAAUACAGGAUGCUGUGGUGACAAUGAUCCCAUUGAUGUCUGUGAAAUUGGUGCCCAGGUUCGUACGCUUGGUGAGGUUGUUAAGGUGAAGGCCCUUGGGCUUCUCGGUCUUAUUGAUGAAGGAGAAACUGACUGGAAGGUCAUAGCUAUCGGUGUGGAUGACCCACAGGCUCAGAAAAUCCAUGAUAUUGACGAUGUCAGGAAGUUCUUCCCAGGUUACCUUGAAGCUACAGUUGACUGGUUCAGACUAUAUAAAGUCCCAGAUGGAAAGCCAGAAAAUCAGUUUGCUUUUAAUGGCACGUUUCAAGAUAAGGCAUUUGCUCUUGAAAUAAUUAAAUCUACCCAUGAAUGCUGGAAAGCUUUGGUUCACAAAAAGGCUGAUGGAGGAGCCAUAAAAUGCACCAACCUUCUGGUGGGUACCAGCCCAUAUUGCUGCAGUGAAGAAGACAUCCAAGCUAUUGUGCAAUCUGCUCCGCCACUUGUGGAAGAACAUUCUGUUUCCAAAGAAGUUGAUAGAUGGCAUUUUCUUGGACAGUGAGCACUACAAGUGUCUGAAAUCAGGCUACAAGACUGUCUGUCUACUUCAUCUGUUUUCCCCGUGCCCCCACCCCACCCUGCACAU